CGGCGCGGCGGCGGUGGUCGAAGGCCGCCGGAGCAGGUGGACGCAGGGAGAGCGUGCGCAGCGCCGAUGGAGACGUCAUCAGGGCGCACCGGAAGCGGCCCCAGAACGAAGAGUGUAAUCUACCAUGCCCUCUCUCAGAAAGAGGCGAAAGAGCUUGAUGUUCAGCACCCCGGAGCCCAGCGGGCCGAGGCCUUCGUGAGGGCCUUCCUGAAGCGCAGCACGCCCCGCAUGAGCCCGCGAGCCCGCGAGGACCAGCUGCAGCGCAAGGCCGUGGUUCUGGAGUACUUCCCUCGCCGGAGGCAGAAGGAGAAGAAGAAGUCCAGGGGCCUCUCUGCCCGGCAGAGGAGGGAGCUGAAGCUUUUUGACAUUAAACCAGAGCAGCAGAGAUAUGAGCUCUUCAUCCCUCUCCACGAACUCUGGAAGCAGUACAUCCGGGACCUGUGCAAUGGCCUCAAGCCAGACACUCACGAAGUCCAAAUGCCCCUCCUACGUGGGCAUCACAGGGAUCCUUCUUCAGGAAACAAAGCACGUUUUCAAAAUCAUCACCAAAGAAGACCGCCUGAGAGUGAUCCCCAAGCUGAACUGCGUGUUCUCUGUGGAAACCGACGGCUUCGUGUCCUACAUUCACGGGAGCAAGUUCCAGCUCCGGGCAAGCGAGCGGUCGGCGAAGAAGUUCAAGGCCAAGGGAACCAUCGACCUGUGAGCACCGGCCGACGCGGUCGCCGGCGGCGGAAACAGGCGCCUGGACACCAGGUCUCCGUGGAGCACGGGCCGCUUGUGCAGGGCCCCCCGCAGGCGGGGACAGUGUCGAAGCAGCUGCUCACCUGGGAGGAAACACCCGGCUGCGUGGAGCCGGGAGCCGGGAGCCGGGAGCAGUCGCGGGCCUGAGGGUUCCUCGCUGCGCGGAGAGCGGGACCCGCGCUGGCGGCCUCGUGGGACGCUGCGUUUCCACCUCUCCUCCUGUUUGUUCGUGGUCUGUGGUGACCCAGGUGUCGUGACAGUAAAACACGUGUAGACAGCCCAGGUGCAGGUGUGGUUCCUGCAGCCGGGGGGGAGGGGCGGCCGAGGCCUGGCCCCA